AUGUCUGACCCCCCUCAAGGGCAGCAGCAAGCAGGGGAGAACCCCAGUGCUCCUGUUACGGCUCAAGAAGCCGCGGCAGUCGCAGUACCACCUGCGGAAGCAGCAGCACCUACUGAGCAUCUACCUGAGGUUUCUUUUAAGGUUUCUGGGGGCACCAAUUUCAGCCUCAACGUGAACCAGAACUGGACUGUACGCGAACUCAAGCAGAAAUGCGAAGAAAAAUGCCAGAUACCGGUUGCAGCUCAAAGGCUAAUUUACAAAGGAAGAAUCCUAAAGGACGAGGACUCCGUCAGUGGGUUGGGUCUGAAGGAUCAUCAUAUCAUGCAUCUGGUUAAAGGCGUCACAGCACCACCAGCGAACCCGCCGCAGCAGCAGCAACAACAGCAGCAAGCAACGCCAGCUGCAGGAACUCCUCCCGCAGCCUCCGCCGGCAUUCCUUCCUCUGGCCCUCCGGGGAUGGACCAGUUUCUUCAGUCCAUGCUUUCAGGUGGCCUGGGUGCGGGCAUGGGGGGCCCCAUGGGGGCAAACCCUAUGGGGGGCCCCAUGGGGGCAAACCCUAUGGGGGGCCCCAUGGGGGCAAGCCCUAUGGGGAUGAUGGGCCCCGAAAUGCUGGAGAUGAUGCAGACUCCCUUCUUCCAGCAGGCUAUCGAGUCGCUAACACAGAACCCCCAGAUGUUCAGGAGCAUUGUCGAAAGCGUUCCAACCCUCCGGCCCAUGCUUCCAAUGAUGCAGGGCAUCCUAGACAAUCCAGAACGCAUGCGCGCGAUGUUCAGUCCGCAAAUGGUUCAGGCUUCUAUGCAGAUACAGCAAGUCUUGCAACAGCAAAUGCGCCAGCAGCAGGGAGCAGCCACUCAAGCCGAAGGAAGCGCUAUGGGAGCUUCAGGCACUCCGCCUGCUGCGGGAAACUCUGGGGGAGCAGUGCCUCCGCCCUUCGGUGUCGGUCCUGCUGGCUUUGGCUCGAUGGUGCAGCAAGCAGAGCAGUUGAUGCGGACUAAUCCUGAGCUUAUGAGCCAGAUGAUGCAGGUUUUCAGCAACAUGCAGGCACCCGGAGCUUCAGGCGCUGCGGGGGCCCCUGGGGCCCCAGGCGCUGCUCCCGGAGCCCCCAACCCUUUCGCGGCGUUUUCGUCUUUCGGAAGUUUGGGAAGCAUGGAAGGCUCUCCAUUCCAAGGCAUGGGGUCUGCGGUUGGCGAUGCGAGGCUCCCCGAGGAGAGGUUUGCAUCUCAGCUGCAGUCUCUGACAGACAUGGGAUUCAUCGAUCGAGAUGCCAACCUUGCUGCCUUGCAAGAAACAAACGGAGAUGUGAAUGAGGCAAUUAGUCGGUUGCUGGAGCGGGGGCUCGGCAAUUGA